ACCUGUACACGGUAUAUAAACGUAUAUAAACUGUAUCGUAUUCUCUUUCUCUCAUUCUUCGCAAAUAAAAACAGAAAAAAAUUGAUAUCAACAAAAUGAAUCAAUGCAGCUAACGGCGUUUACAACGUUGACAAUCGUGUAGAGAACGCGUCGUAAAAAAUUUUCGAGGUGCUCGUAUUUAAUUUCUCGAAAUUAUAGAAAAACGGUGAAAGAAAAAAAAUAGAAAAAAGGGAAGAGAGAAGAAAGUAUCCGCAACAAAAAAAAACAAAACAAAAAAAAACCAAAAAUCGAAAGGACACUAAAAUCUCCGUGCUCGUCGGUCCUUCGACCAUGUUUUAUACCGUGACAACAAAAUUGCUGACGUUUUAAACUCGGUGUGUGGUGAAUUUCUUGGCGUUUUUUUUUUUUUGUUUUUUUUUUAUUGUUGUUGUUGACAAUAAUAAUAACGAUAACGAUAACAACAACAAUAACGACAAGAACAAGAACGAUAAGGAGACAUCGCUAUGGGCUGCGAAUUGGGAAAGCUCGCCUCUUCGGCGUCGCAAAAUCAAACGGGACGUGACAGUCCGCCACCGCCGGCUGCGACCGAUCCGCGACUUCCUUUGACAGCUCGUCAGAAAUAUACGAUUAUCGCCAGUUGGAAAGCGGUUGCCAGGGCGAUGGAACCAACCGGGAUUUACAUGUUCGUUAAGCUCUUCGAGGAGAACGAGGAACUUUUGAACAUGUUCACGAAAUUUCGAGAUCUGAGAACGAAGGAGGAACAAUCGACGAGCAUGGAACUGGCGGAACACGCGACAACCGUCAUGUCCACUCUGGACGAAGGCAUCAAGGGUCUGGACGACAUGGACAUAUUUUUAACCUAUUUACACCAGGUCGGAGGGUGGCACACGAAAAUUCCGGACUUUGAUCGUCAAUUCUUUUGGAAAAUCGAGGCGCCAUUCUUGGAAGCAGUGAGAAGAACGCUGGAAGAUCGUUACACGGAGAAUGUUGAAAAUAUAUACAAACUAACGAUUAAGUUUAUAAUCGAAACGUUAAUAGAUGGAUUUGACAAGGCCCAAUCGGAAAAGGGUAAGUCUUAGUCGAAGAGUAUUUAAUGUUAGACGGGGAACGCUAUGACUUCUGCGCGAAUAUAUGAGAAAAAUAGAAAAAAAAAAAAAAAACGAAACAAAUGAACCGAAACGAACAAAAUGGACGCCACGUAAUUUCGUUCGGAACCUGAUCUAACGAAGCUUUACACAUGGGAACCGCACGCGCGUAAAGAUAUCAUCCGUAGCGAUUCCGCGUGCGGGAUUCGGUUGCUUUUUUUCUCUCAUCUACGAGAAAGAAAGAUAAAAAUAAAACGAACAAACAAUUCGAAAAUGAUAAAUAUCGGUCGAACAAGCUUAAAAAAUGAACGAAGCGAAACAAGCGAAGCGUAUAAAGCGAAACGCGAAACGGAGAAGAACCGCGGGAUUUUUGAAAAAAAAGAACAAAAACGAUAUAAAAGAAAGAAAAAAAAAAAAACCAAAAGAUACAAAAUAACGAAGGAGAACGAAAACGUAAAGUCGUAAUUAGUGGUGCGACUGAAGAACCGAUAUGAAGCAACGGAGAACAAGAGGAAAAAUAGAAAAAGAAAAAGAAAAAAAAAUAGAUCGUCACCCUAUUAAUUUCCUCUACACAUAAUAUCACUUGGUCAAUAUAUAUUAUAAUAUAUCUAUAAUAAUACAUGUAUAAGGAAAUUCCCCUGUUCAAAUGUCAAUUUUCAUGAUAAAACAAAAAAAAAAAAGAAAAAAAAAAUUAUA